UUGCUUGUUCGAUCAUAAGCUCGAUCUCGUGCACAUCGUCGACGACGGCGACCACCGGCGGAUCAAUCGCCGGCGGCAUGGACGACGACGACGACUGCCGGCGGCGAGAUGUCACCUUGGGCGACGAAUUCAUGGUGCUGCAGCCGGAGAACGGCGGCGCGCGCAGCCUCGCCGACCUGCUGCUCUCCUGCAAGGUCGGCGAGAACAAGGCCGUGCGCUGCGGCCGCCCCGGCGCCGAGGUGGCGCUGCCGUGGCACCGGUGGAUCAUCGCCGUCUCCCUCCUCGCGCAGAUGCUGCUCCGGUUGUCCAAGGGGGUCAUGGCCAAGGUCGGCCGCGCCGUCGAGUACUGGAUGAACCUCGUCAGCGAGAAUGACAACGUCCUCGGCCUCAUCAGAAAUGCUCUGCAUGGGAAGGUGAAAACGCCGGACAGAAAUUCUCCCAACUACAGAUCGUUCAUUGGACUUCUUGACACAAGGAUCGAUCUGGACGAGAAGAUCAAGCCAGGUGAUAGCAAUUACCACGCAGCUCUCUGCAUCAUGGCAGCGAAAUUGGCCUACGAGAACGAACUCGUCAUAAAGGACGCCGUGGAAAAGAAUUGGAAGAUGACCUUCUUAGAGUUCUUCAACUGUUGGAACGAUUUCCAGAAUGAUUACACGACCCAGGCGUUCAUGUUCGCCGACAAGCCGGAGGACGCCGAGCUCGUCGUGGUGGCGUUCCGCGGCACGCAGCCGUUCGACAUGGAGCAGUGGAGCACCGACGUCGACAUCUCGUGGUACGAGAUCCCGGGUGUGGGCAAGGUCCAUGGCGGCUUCAUGAAGGCGCUCGGGCUGCAGAACAACGCCGCCGCCGGCAAGAAACCCAGCUGGCCGGCGGAGAUCGCGCCGCCGUCGGCGGCCAAGAACUCCGAGAAGACGAAGAGCUUCGCCUACUACGCCAUCCGCGCCCGCCUGCGCGCGUUCCUCGCCGCCAACCCGCGCGCCAGGCUCGUCGUGACGGGGCACAGCCUCGGCGGCGCGCUUGCCGCGCUGUUCCCGGUGGUCCUGGCGCUGCACGGCGGCGAGGCCGACGCCGCGGCGCUCGGCAGGCUGGACGGCGUGUACACCUACGGGCAGCCCCGCGUCGGCGACGCGGCGCUCGGCGAGUGGGUCGCGGCGGCGAGCUCACUGGAGGGCAAGCACCUCCGGUUCGUGUACUGCAACGACGUCGUGCCCCGGGUGCCCUACGACGACGCCGCGUUCCUGUUCAGGCACUUCGGCCGCUGCGUCUACUUCGACGCCGCGUACAGGGCGAGGGCCAUGGCGGAGGAGCCGAACAAGAACUACUUCUCGCCGGCGUUCGCGUUGGCCAAGCACGCGAACGCGGCGUGGGAGCUGGCGCGAGGGCUCGCCAUCGGGCGCGUGGCAGGGGGGGAGUACGCGGAAGGGUGGGCGAUGCGGGCGGCGAGGGUGGUGGGGCUGGUGUUCCCCGGCUUGCCGCCGCACGCGCCGCAGGACUACGUGAACGCCACCAGGCUCGCCGGCGCCUCGCUUCGCAAGCUGCUAGACUAGACAGUUAGCCCACUCUCUUGCUCUGCGACUGAUGAACUGAUCACCAAUUCACCAGUGGAAAUGAAUCGAGCACGGGAACGGAACUGAAUUAUUUUCCGGUUCCUGUGAUAGAAAGAUGAAACUUUGAAAAUUCAUGCAAAAAUUUGUGUAGUAUAUUCGAAAUCUAUGAAGCAAUAGGUUUGUCACGUUCGUAGCUUACGCACCUUUUAAAGAUCAAGAUGACUAUGGCGUUCCGGCGUAAGGGUCCGGGAUCUCGUCGGAGUAGACCUGCUGAUGACGCCGCACACAGUCCGAUGCGCUCACCAUCUGGCCGGCGUCCGGCGACAGCGGCGCGAGGAGACAACGAGAGGGUGGCCCAGUACUCCGGUCGGGCAUUGCGUCGAACACCCUGUACACGAGGUGGUGCAGGUCGCGGCGGGAGCAGAUGCCGACCAUUCUUGUUCCAUAGGUGGGCGGCAGGGGUCAGGAGAGGCGGUCUCUCACCAUCGGAAUGGAGAGCGCGGCGACCGCCGGUGGAGCUCCGGGCUCCGGCCUAGAUUUUUUUUAUUUUUAUAUUUAAUUAGGAAAGUAGCCCGCGCAAUUGCGCGGGCAUCUAUUUGUUUCUAAAUGUUAAAAUCUUUUAUGAUGACUGAAAAUUGUUUGUAUCUAUAUGAAAAGAUUUUGUAAAAAGUUCAAUAUAUAUAGUUAGUCAGUCCCA